AUGGUAACCGCCGAAGCCUCACAGAAACUACACAAGCUUCACGAUGAGCUGCGUGGCGCGUUGAAGCAAUAUCCCGAUUUUCCACAGCCAGGGAUAAUCUUUGAAGAUAUCCUGCCGUUGUUUUCUUCAUUCGAAGUUCAUACUAAGCUCGUCGAUGCUCUCGUCCUCCAAGUCAUCGAAGCAUUCCCCUCGAAGCCGGAUGUGAUUGUUGGUCUCGAUGCCCGCGGGUUCUUAUUCGGCCCCACAUUGGCCCUCAAGCUCGAAGCUGGCUUUGUCCCUGUCCGUAAGAGGGGGAAGAUGCCCGGUGAAUGUGUCAGUGAGAAAUAUAUGAAGGAAUAUGGCGAAGAUUGGUUUGAGAUGCAAAAGGACGUCAUCAAGCCUGGUCAAAAGGUUCUUGUUGUGGAUGACAUAAUUGCGACAGGUGGAUCGGCUUCCGCCGCAGGAUCCUUGGUUCGUCAGCUGGAAGGCGAUCUUCUAGGAUACCUAUUCAUCCUCGAGCUUGAUUUCCUAAAGGGGCGAGAUAAACUAGACGCGCCAGUAAUCACAUUAUUGCAUUAG